AUGAAUCUGGAGUUCUUCUGCUUCUGCUUCACCCUCUGGGCAGGUAAGGAGUGACUAUUUCAUGUUCCUUCUUCUUGGACAUGUGCAUUUUCCUGGUCUCUGCUGACCGUUCCAAGGCUCCCCUGGUGUUAGGGUGUCCAAGAGAGAGGGAGGACAGAGAUCUUGUUCUGUUAAUAGCCGUAUAGAAGAGGGCAGUUUCUUGUAAAAAUGCAACUACAAUUAAUAAUAAAUAAUAAUAAUAAUAAUAAUAAUAAUAAUAAUAAUAAUAAUUUAUACCUCGCCCAUCUGACUGGGUUUCCCCAGCUACUCUAGGCAGCUCCUGACAAAAUAUUAAAAGUACAAUAAAACAUCAGACAUUAAAAACUUCCCUGAACAGGGCUGCCUUCAGAUUAUCACUUACAUGAUUCUAAUAACAUAUUUCAAAUCCAAACCAGACUUUUCUGGUUUAGCCGCGUUAAACACUUGUAGCAAGGCUUAUGAAGUUGCGUCCUGUGGCAGUUUAAAGACCCAUAAAUUUAUUGUGGUACGUACUUCCACAGGUAAUACUUUGUCAGAUUCAACCACCAGGCUUUAACAGUUCACCAGACUUCAAUGAUACACAAAAUAUUUGAAACAUUACAUUACAGUGGUACCUCGGGUUACAUACGCUUCAGGUUAAAGAGGCUUCAGGUUACAGACUCCGCUAACCCAGAAAUAGUGCUUCAGGUUAAGAACUUUGCUUCAGGAUGAGAACAGAAAUCGUGCUCUGGCGGCGUGGCAGCAGCAGGAGGCCCCAUUAGCUAAAGUGGUACCUCAGGUUAAGAACAGUUUCAGGUUAAGUACGGACCUCCGGAACGAAUUAAGUACUUAACCUGAGGUACCACUGUAAUUGAUAUUGCGAUGAAUUGUGACAAUUGUGUGUCCCAACACAAACAAGUGCAACUAUAUAGCUGUUUCUGCAGGUGUGGAAUCUGCUUGACCACGCUGGACAAAUGAGUAGUAGCGUUAACUCUGAGAGCACCAAAUAUGGUUUCCAAGAACUGAGGAGGAUGCACCUCCAGAACGCAGAGGAGGAGUUGAAUUGAAUUUCUUCCUCAUUCCUGCUGUGGUCUAAUGCAACUGGAAUUAUAGCCACAUGAGUUUUAUUUCCUCCUCUUGACCAUGUUGGAAAUAAGUCGUGUGUGAACAAUGGUGCCUCAUUCAGGGACCAUUAAGACUGUACAGUUUAGCUAUGCUGGGAGGUUAGGCUGGGAGAACUGGUCAAGACCAUGAACAAAGGGGACUCCUGCCUUUCCUUCUCUCUCACCCCCAUCCCAUUUCCACUCUCCUAGCUUCCCAGGCUCAAGAACUCCUCAUGGUCUCCCAGCCCAGCUCAGCAGAAGGCACGGAAGGCGGUUCCGUCACCUUGCACUGUUCCUACAACUCCACCUCAGAGCCUAAGGUUGGGAGCUUCCGGUGGGUGAAGGAGCCAGGGGUGGAGGUCAGAAAGACCACCUGGGAAUUCAUGGGAAGGGUGAGUCCCACCUCGGAGCAGGCCUUCCUCUUGGGGAGAAGAGCCGACAUAGAGAUACGGGAUCUGAGAAGUUACGACUCGGGGGUGUAUCGAUGCGUGGUGAAGAUCCCUGGAUUCCAGGAGACUUCAGGGAACGGGACUGAGCUUCGCGUGCUUAAAGCUGCAAAAGGUAAAGAGGUUGGGCUCUGUGGAAGGAAUGUACAGUGGUACCUCAGGUUACAGACGCUUCAGGUUACAGACUCUGCUAGCCCAGAAAUAGCACCUGGGGUUAAGAACUUUACCUCAGGAUGAGAACAGAAAUCGUGCGGUGGCAGCGGGAGGCCCCAUUAGCUAAAGUGGUACCUCAGGUUAAGAACAGUUUCAGGUUAAGAAUGGACCUCCAGAACGAAUUAAGUUCUUAACCCGAGGUACCACUGUAGUUGGUCAGAAGGAAGGAAGGAACUGGGAUGGGUUCAUUGGGAAAACAGUGGGCUAGACUUAGAUGUUGCUGGUUUUAUCACAGGAAGUUGCCUUCUACUGAGAUUGUCCAUCUAGCUCAUUAUCAGUUUACAGCGGUACCUCGGGUUACAUACACUUCAGGUUACAUACGCUUCAGGUUAUAGACUCCACUAACCCAGAAAUAGUGCUUCAGGUUAAGAACUUUGCUUCAGGAUAAGAACAGAAAUCGGGCUCCGGCGGCGCAGCAGCAGCAGGAGGCCCCAUUAGCUAAAGUGGUGCUUCAGGUUAAGAACAGUUUCAGAAUCCGAGACCAGGGAGAAGAGUUGGUGGAAGAAGACUGGAAAAAAUUUAAAGACUAUUUACAGAAACACUGUAAAAUUAAUGAAUGUUAGAAAAAUGUUGGAAUGAAGUUACAUGGCUUUAGUAGAAAUGUUAUAAGGAAUUAAGUAUAAAUAGAUUAAUAGAGUAUUAAAGGAAAAAUAAGGUUAGAAUGAGUUAAGAUAAUUAUAGGAUAGAAAACAGAGGAAGAUGGAAAGGAAUUGCUGAAAUAAUUAACAGAAGUGGAAUACAAAAAGGGAGGUGUGAGGAGGUCGUGGAAAUAAGUGAAUGAAAGAUGGGAUAAUGAAAUUGUUUGAUUUAUUUUAUUGUUUUUGUUUUAAUGUAUUGUAUUGUAUUGUAUUGUAUUGUAUUGUCUUUUUAGUGUUUAAUUUUUUUGAAAAGUAAUAAAUAUUAUUUUGAAAAAAAGAAAAAAAGAACAGUUUCAGGUUAACAACGGACCUCUGGAACGAAUUAAGUACUUAACCUGAGGUACCACUGUACUGUAAUCUGCAGUGACUAGCACAGCUCUCCGGGGUUUCAGGAAAGAUGCAGCUACAGACCUUCCCUGUCACUUGAAGCUGCUUGUGUAGAAAGUGCUGGGGUGUAGUACUUCUGGAUCUUCUGUGUGGACAGUUAUUGGGGGUGAAGAAUUGACAUAUUUGAGGAACGGGUGAGGGAGCUGGGUAUGUUUAGCCUGUGUAAGAGGAGACUAGGAGGAGAAAUGAGAGCCAUCUCCAAAUAUGGUGCAUGCUCUAGUUAUCUCUCGCUUGGACUACUGCAAUGCGUUCUAUGUGGGGCUACCUUUGAAGGUGAUCCGGAAACUACAAAUAAUCCAGAAUGUGGCAGCUAGACUGGUGACUGGGAGCGGCCACUGAGACCAUAUAACACCGGUCUUGAAAGAUCUACAGUAAGUUUCCGAGCACAAUUCAAAGUGUUGGUGCUGACCUUUAAAGCCCUAAACGGUCCUGGUCCAGUAUAGAGCCUCUCCACCCCCAUCGUUCUGCCCGGACACUGAGGUCCAGCUCCGAGGGCCUUCUGGUGGUUCCCUUGCUAUGAGAAGCCAAGUUACAGGGAACCAGGCAGAGGGCCUUCUCGGUGGUGGCACCUGCCCUGUGGAACGCCCUCUCACCAGAUGUCAGAGAGAAAAACAAUUACCAGACUGUUAGAAGACAUCUGAAGGCAGCCCUCAGGCUGAACGAUGGGGGUGGAGACGCUCCUUCAGGCUUUAAAGGUCAGCACCAACACUUUGAAUUGUGCUCGGAAACGUACUGGGAGCCAAUGCAGAUCUCUCAGGACUGGUGUUAUGUGGUCUCGGCGGCCGCUUCCAGUCACCAGUCUGGCGGCCGCAUUCUGGGUUAGUUGUAGUUUCUAAGGACCGGCUGCUGCUUUGAGGUUCUCCCCUAGAUUGGAUGGGCAGCAGUGAUGUCGCUGAAUGUUCCCAAACAUUCUAACUGCUAAGGGGAAAGGCCAUUACCAGGGUGUGAUAACAUGUGCUACAUGAGAAAUAGACUGUUGGUUGUUCUGUCUGAGAGGGAAAAACCCCAUGCAAGGCCAAAGGACAAGACUGUGUUUUCUUGUUGGCGGCUAUGAGGCAAGAGAUUCUCUGUGCUAGUGUAUAAAAAUGCAUGGAGGAAAAUCUAAACUUAAAAAGAAAGAAAGAAAAGAAGCCGCAACAGCAAUCCAGCAGGAUCUGUUGAAUUUAAUCUGAAAUUUUCUCACAAUGUCUUCCUGUAUUGCGGCACUGUGUGCAUAUGUGGGUGCAAUGAGUAUGGGUUGCUCGUGCGUAAGUUGCCGCCUCUCCAGGCUUUGUUGCCUUGCUAAACCUUUCAGUCUGGGCAGCCCUUCACUUCGUGGCUGCCUCAGUCGCUAGCAGAAUCCGUCAGUGGGCGUUUCUUAAAUCUUUUCCAACAUAAAAGUUGUUUGACACCCAAUCUCCUCCUACUCUCUCUGCGCGGAAGUCUUCUGCGCAGGGUGGGCGUGGGUAGCGGGGGACCAGUGCUCUCCCCGCUGGUGUCCGGUGAAGAGUCCUGGAGCCCUCUCGCCGAUUCCCCCAUCUGCCCCCCUUUAUUCCUGGUGUUGCGCUGAAUUGCUUCCCCAUCUGCUGAGCUGCCUCUCUCCCUGCUGGGCCCUUCUCCAGCAUCAUUUGAGAGCCUUCCCUCCGCCUCUAGCUCCGAUGUCAGUUCCCUGACAGUGGGUGAGUGUGUCGUAAAAUAUUUUGUUACCUUGAUUCUGAAGUUUGAUGAUGUAAUACCCCAUUUAUUCUCUCUCCUAGGAGAUCCUAAGAAACCUGAUGAAAAUAGCACACGUUCCAUAGCGCUUUGGGCAGGGCUCUGCUUAGCUCUGGUGGUUUUUGUAGUUUCUCCUCUGAUAGUGCUCUACUGUAGGAACAGACAAGGUGAGCAUGGUGACUGAAGCUUGUCUCUAAACCAGAGAUGGGCAUUUGACAGACCUGGGGGUUGAAGGCAGGGUGGAUAAAAAUCAAUGAUUUUUUUUUAAAAAUUGAUUUAAAAAAAAAUUAAUUGGAUUUUUUUUUUAUUUAAAUCAGAUUUUUUUGAUUCAAAAUGGAUUUUUAAAAUAAAAUGCUUUUGGAGGAAAAAUCUUUCUAAAAAUAGUUUUCUAUUUAAGUUACCGUAUUUUUUGCUCUAUAAGACUCACUUUUUCCCUCCUAAAAAGUAAGGGGAGAUGUGUGUGCGUCUUAUGGAGCGAAUGCAGGCUGCGCAGCUAUCCCAGAAGCCAGAACAGCAAGAGGGAUCGCUGCUUUCACUGCACAGCGAUCCCUCUUGCUGCUCUGGCUUCUGGGAUUCAGAAUAUUUUUUUCCCUUGUUUUCCUCCUCCAAAAACUAGGUGCAUCUUAUGGUCUGGUGCGUCUUAUAGAGCGAAAAAUACGGUACAUUGUAGUCCAAAGGCUAUUCAUCAGGAAAUAAGGAUUUGUUUUAAGUUUUUCAUGUGUGCUAAAACUCUAAGUUUUUUUUAUAAAAAAAACCAUUUAACCACAUCAAAUUAACAAACAUGGAUACAUAUGCUAUAAUGUUAUUGUUUUAGUUAAAUAAAUUGUUAUUAAGGAAAUGAUUAUUUUUCUCCUUCCAAUAAAGUACAGCAGAAAAGUUGUCCACAUAGAAGCAGUUAAGAUAUUAAACCUCACAGUAAUUUCGUAAUUAUCUGUCUAUGUAUUUCUAAUAGUAUAAGCAAAUCGGUAAUUUUUUGAUGUAACUGCAAAAACCGCUCUGGAAAUUUAUUAUUCUGAAAAUGAAACCAUCAUCUGGUUGUAAAUAUUAAGAUUAUACCAGCAAGAGUGAGUCUUUCUGUAAAAAAAUUGUUUUAAAUCAUGUCUUACUGACUAGUGAUUUAAAUCGUGAUUUAAAUCCAUUUGAUUUAAAUAAAAUCCACCCUGGUUGAAGGUGACCCCCAAAACAAUUACAUUUGACCUGUGGCAACCCUACCAUAUUUUAAUUGAGGUGCUGUAAAAAAAACAAAUGUUUUCAAAGUGUGUGUGUGUGUGUGUGUGUGAGAGAGAGAGAGAGAGAGAGAGAAUAUCCACUCUUAUUUUCAUUUAUUUAACAGAGUCUGUAGACCCCUUGAUUGUAAACCUUCCUAACCAGCUUGCAUAAAAUAACAUACGCACCAACGUUAUUUAUACAAGCCAGAAUUAAAAACAAGUUAAGUCUUUAAAAAGCCAAAAUAUAAACACUACCAGCAGUUAAAAAUAUAUAUCUUAAACAACAUAUUAAAAACACAUGUGAACUCUCCAUAUUUGGGAAAGCUUUCUUAAAGAAGGAAGCUUUUAGCGGAUGCUAAGUAUAGGUGUAGACUUGAAAAUCGCAUCUCUCUUGUGGAUUUUCUUGAGGUUUUUCACCCACUGCAAAUCCCUUUAAAAAAAAAUUCUUCCCCCCACAAAGGAAUGAAAGACAACAACUGAACAAAACAGUGCUUAGAUUGCGGCUGCACGGCUCCACCCCGAACCCAAAUAGUCCCACUGCCCGUUCCAUUAAUUUACCACACCAGCACUGUGCUGCGUUGGCUGUGGCUGAUAAUAAUAAUAAUAAUAAUAAUAAUAAUAUUUAUUAUUUAUACCCCGUCCAUCUGGCUGGGUCCCCCCUGCCACUCUGGGCAGCUUCCAACAAAACACUAAAAUACAAUAACCUAUUAAACAUUAAAAGCUUCCCUAAACAAGGCUGCCUUCAGAUGUCUUCUAAAAGUCUGGUAGUUGUUGUUCUCUUUGACAUCUGGUUGGAGGGCGUUCCACAGGGCGGUGCCACUACCGAGAAGGCCCUCUGCCUGGUUCCCUGUAACUUGGCUUCUCACAGUGAGGGAACUGCCAGAAGGCCCUCGGCGCUGGACCUCCACGAUGGAGGUGGAGAUGCUCCUUCAGGUAUACUGGACCGAGGCCGUUUAGGGCUUUAAAGGUCAGCAGCAACAAUGGAUGUUGUCGUCUAAAACAUCUAGAGGGCACCAGCUUGGUGAAAGCUGCUGUAGCGUAGCAAAGAGACGGGAACCAAGGAUAGGCCUCCUAUGGGUUAUAUUUUGAGGAAAAUUUGUUCGGAUUGCAUCUCACUCGCUACAUUUUACGAAACUGAAUUUGCAGGUCACCGCCAAGCAAGAGGAUCCGGGACGAAACGCCUGAGUCAGGUAAGCCCUGAGCUUAAAAACAGAGUCAGGCCUGCAAGUGUAGCGCUCAGAAACCUGGCUCCAAGCUGGAUACGGUUGGGAGGCGAUGCAGAAGGGCUGCGGCUCAGUCGCAGAUAUUCUGCUGCAUGGCAAAGCUCUCGGGUCUGAUACCCGAUAUCUGCAGACUGGCUUCUGCCUUGAAAUAUACUCGGAGUCGAGAGUGGAUUUCAUGCUCUUUAUUCAGCUCAUAGUGGUGAGGAGGAAUGGAAGUUCCCCCACAAUAUCUGCUUUAUAUACAUUAUUUACACAAUGGGCUGCAGGUGAUUGGCUAAUUCCGGGAUUCUCCUGUAGGCCAAUCAGGUUGUGGAUUCACUUCCACCUGGAGCUGGAUUGGGUGGCUCCUGUAGACCAAUCAUACUGCUGCAUUGUUCUAGGACCAAUCAGACUGCUGCAUUUUGGAUCCUAUUCAACUCAGUACAUAACAGCCUGAAACACUGUUAGCUAGCACAGAUAAUACUAGACGGGCAAGUUUGGAAACUGGGAGGAGGUUUGAGAGGUGAGGCAGACCUGAUGUACAGUGAUACCUCAGGUUACAGAUGCUUCAGGUUACAGAUGCUUCAGAUUACAGACUCCGCUAACCCAGAAACAGUACAUCAGGAUGAGAACAGAAAUUGUGCUCUGGCGGCGCGGCAGCAGCAGGAGACCCCAUUAGCUAAAGUGGUGCUUCAGGUUAAGAACAGUUUCAGGUUAAGUACAGACCUCCGGAACGAAUUAAGUACUUAACCCGAGGUACCACUGUACAGUGAAACCUCUGCUGCCAAAUGCCUCCCUUUGGAACGUUUAGGCUCCCAAAUGCCGAAAACCCGGAAAAAGCUGCUCUGGUUUUCAAACGAUUUUCAGAAGCUGAACGGCUUCCGGGGAGUUUUUUCGUCUUUUUUUCUCUAUUGACUUUGCCAACUGCUCUUUGAUCCUCGGUUGUCGAACGUUUCGGAAGUCUAACAGUCUCCUGGAACAGAUUACAUUCGACAACCAAGGUUUGACUGUAAUUGCAGUGAUUGUAGUAAGGUUGAUCUGAAGGAGCGGUAACUUGCUAGAGGCCUAAUGGCUGAUGUUGUGGCUGUACCAGUGUUCAGGAAACAUAUGGGGGAAGCUCACAAAUGAUGACACUGAUUCCUUAACCUCUUUCCAUAGGACAAGAAGGCAGAGUCAAUGGCAGAACUGAAUUAUUCAGAGCUCGUUGUGAAGAAGGCGGGGAAAUCCAAACGUCAAAGCGAAAAGGUCACAUAUGCUUCCAUACGCGUAGAGUCUUUUUAA